UUGCUUGUGUUGUGAAUUCUUGCGGGAGAAAAUUUCUAUUUUGGAUUCGGUUUUGACGAAGAAUCUUUUCGAAGAAAUCGCCGCGGGCGCGAGUCGACGUGACGGAGAUGGAAUCAAGUGAUCCCAGCGGCGGCGGAAGACCUCCCCCUCACGUGCACCACCUCCUCCGCCUGCCACCGCCGUCGACGCACGUGUCGAGGCAAGAUUUCAAGCAGUCGCAGGCGAAAAGACUCCAUCUUUCCCCAGACGACGGCCCGCCGCCAUCACACUCUUCCCCAGCCGGCAGCACCGUCUGCCGAUCCCGCGGCCGACCGCAGGGCUCCAAGAACAAGCCGAAGCCGCCGAUUAUCGUCAAGCGGGACUCCCCCGACGUCCUGCGCUCACACGUGCUUGAGGUCGUCGACGGCGGCGACGUCCUCGAGUGCGUCACCGAGUACACCCACCGGCGAGGGAGGGGGGUCACCGUGCUCAGCGGCGCCGGUUCCCUGGCCAGCGUGGCGCUCCGCCCUGCCUUGCCGGGGAGCGCUGUGGUCACGCUGCGCGGCCCGUUCGAGAUCCUCUCGCUGACUGGGACCGUACUCCCACCGCCGGCGCCACCAGGCGCCGGCGGCCUUUCCGUGUUCCUGGCUGGGAGCCAGGGGCAGGUGGUCGGCGGCGUCGUCACAGGGCCGCUGGUGGCCACGGGAUCAGUGGUGCUCAUGGUAGCGAGCUUCGCCACUGCAGUCUUCUAGCGGUUGCCGCUGGAAGGCGCUGAGGGUGAGGAGCGGGAGCCGGUCACCGUGGCAAGCGGAACGGGAGGCUGCGACGUCGGCGCCACCGGCGGAAGGAGCAGCACUCAAUUCGGUAACUCAAAUUCCUACCAGCUCCUAAAUGACGACUUUAUCUGGGGAACUGGAACCGGUGGAGUCCGACCGCAAUUUAACUCUUGCAAAUUCUUCGUUAGAUUCUACGAUCUGUAUCUUCUCCUUCUACGUGGAGAAAUAUUUGGAGAUUUUAAAUUAGAUCGAAUCCAUUCGUUAUCUCUUUCAUUAUAACCGCUUUUAUAAAUAAAAAAUGAUUCAGUGAUUUUGAUUUAAUAUUUUAGAAAAAAAAUGUAAGUUGCCGACAACAUUUCAACGUAACGGAGGCAG